GGCUACGUGGCCGCUACGAGAAUCUCGUAGCUACCAGUUGGCGCGAAGACGCCGAUCGCGCGGCGUUUUUAUUUUUUUAUUCCCUCUGUGUUCGCGGCUGGAUUUAUUCAGCCAGACCAAGUUCGAACUUUAAAAGAUGACGGCGCCGGCGGAACCCACGAGGGUCGCACUGCCAGCGGUCCCAAGACUCGGCCUGUUUUUCCUAGCAUUUUUAAUUUUCAUCAGUGCAACAUCAGCAGCCAACGCGGAGUCCCGGCGCUGCCACUGGUGCGGGCCGCUGGCUGAACAAGUUCACCGCAGUCGCCGCGCGCCGCCCUGCCCCGCGCAGUGGGGGGGAGGGGAACCGGAGACUUUGUGCGAGGAGGGGUUCCAGUACUGCGCUGUUGUUGCUACUGCGCCGCCUCACGUGGAAUCGCGGUUUUGCGUGAAGCUGUACCAAGAUGAAUGCUACCCGAUUUACUGCAACACGACGAAGACUUGGAAGAUGACUUGCCCGUGUCGCGGAGACCUCUGCAACGGCGCCAACACUGAGCGGGAAGAAGACGCCUUCGCAGCCCUCGCGAGGCUGGUCGCCAAGACACACCGCAUCAAGAAGAGACUUGUGCAAGAAGAUGAUGAUAGCGUCCAUAUGGUCAACAAUGCCACCACAGCCGCACCACAAACCCAUGAGCAUUCAGACAAAGAUGAAAACAAAGAAAACGAAACUAUCGAUAAAGCUGAAGCUAAACCGCCAACUGUACAAACAGAAGCCAACACUAUCAAUAUAAGAACUAGCACUGACGACAAAAUCAGACAAGUGAUGAACGAAAAAGCAAUGGACGAUAACAGAAUUGAUACCAACAUUCCAACCAUGAAACCUAUGCAUAAUGAAGUUAUUGAUAUAGAGAUCGACUUAAAAAUGGUUGAAGUGACUACUAUGGCAGCUCCAGCUAGCGUGGCCAAGCAAGAGGAUGUGAAAUCCACAAUGAUAGUUAAACCAACUGAACAAGUUAUUGCAGCCGAGUCUUUACAACAAAAUACGAGUCCUAAAGCAAAAGAAGAUCCAGUAACAGAGCCAACUACUACAGAAGGGACUACGCAAACAGUCGCAGUAACUACUAUGCAUACAACCACUAUGAUGGCUACUAUGAUGGACGUUAAACAUGCAGAAACAACAGAAAGUACUAUGGAGAAAAAGAAUAACGGCAUAAGGCUUUCUAGCAAUAUGGUUGUAUUACUUAUUAGUUUAUCUUUUAUUAAGAUCACUUUUUAAAUGUUUAAUAUAAUAGGAUAAUUUUACUCAUAUCACGGAUAAUGAGCACCUAAUUUUAUAUUUGGAAAGACAAGACAAACAUAUCAUGAUGCGUGUUCCUAAAUACCUAUGCGAUGUGUAUACCAGAAAUGCCUUAGUAGUCCAUCAAUAGAUUAAUGAUCUCUAAAAGCUACGAACUAGUUUUAAUUUUGGGUGUUAGUCGUUUAUUAUUGUGAUAUUAGUGUAGAUUGACUGUCAAUAAAGGAAAUACUUACUCAU